UGCAAUGGCAACACUUUUUGUAAUAUUUAUUGUUGGCAGCUUGUUCAGUUGGCGGUGAGAGUUCAUAGUAUAUUGCAUAUUUUGCAUGCAGCGGGUCUCGAAUUAAAAAUAUCUGUUGCUGUUGACAGUAAAUUGAUUAUUUAAUAAAUAAGUAAAUCUAUUUUUCUACAAUAAAAAUCUAUUGCUGAACAUUUUUGUUCAUAAAGAUGUCACAUCAUUAUGUAGUUACGGCUCAGAAUCCUACGGCUGUGAUUGCUUGUGUAUGCGGAAACUUCACGUCUCCGACAGACUUAAAUUUGGUCAUUGCAAGAAAUAGCCAAUUAGAAAUCGAUUUAGUUACGCCGGAAGGGCUGCGUCCACUGAAGGAAGUUAAUAUCAAUGGACAGAUUGCUGUUAUGCGACAUUUUAGACCCCCUGAAGGCAAAAAAGAUUUAGUUUUUAUAUUAACUCAACGGUAUAAUGUAAUGAUAUUGGAAUUCAUUGAAGAAGACGGUGUCAUAAAAGUUCAUACUAAAGCAGAUGGAACUGUUUCUGAUCCAGUCGGUAUAAGUGCUGAAGGUGGUGUUAUUGCAGUUAUUGAUCCAAAGGCUCGGGUAGUUGGUAUGUGUUUAUACAAAGGAUUAUUUACUAUUGUUCCACUGGAUCACAGUUCUAGUGAGUUAAAAGCAACGAAUUUACGAAUGGACGAGUUAACUGUAUAUGAUGUGGAGUUCUUAUAUGGUUGUGUUAAUCCCACAAUCAUUGUUAUACAUAAAGACAACGAUGGAAGACAUGUUAAAACACAUGAAAUAAAUCUUCGCGAAAAAGAAUUUACAAAAAUUGCUUGGAAACAGGAUAAUGUUGAAACGGAAUCCACACUAAUCAUUCCAGUUCCAACUCCACUUGGUGGUGCCAUUGUAAUUGGACGUGAAUCUAUAGUUUAUCAUGAUGGUAGCAGUUAUCACGCUAUAGCUCCCUCAACAUUUAAGCAAAGUGUUAUUAAUUGUUAUGCUCGCUUAGAUAAUAGAGGUCACCGCUUUCUAUUAGGAAACAUGUAUGGGCAAUUAUUUAUGCUGUUUUUGGAACAAGGUGAUAAUGGCAAUGGAGUAACGGUUGUAAAGGAAAUUAAAGUGGAGCUUUUAGUAGGUGAAAUUUCAAUACCGGAAUGUUUGACUUAUUUGGACAAUGGAUUUUUAUUUGUUGGAUCCAGACAUGGAGACUCGCAAUUAGUACAAUUAGCAUCCCAUGCAAAUGAAAGUGGCACUUAUGUUGUUCCUGUGGAGAAUAUAACAAAUCUUGCCCCAAUUCUUGAUUUAGGUGUUGUUGAUUUAGAUCGACAAGGCCAAGGUCAGAUUAUUACAUGUUCUGGCACUUUUAAAGAUGGUUCGCUUAGAAUAAUAAGAAUCGGAAUUGGGAUACAGGAGCAUGCAUCUAUUGAUUUACCAGGUAUUAAAGGCAUGUGGUCUCUUAAAGUGGGUAUCGAUGAUAGUGAAUAUGAGAACACACUAGUUUUGGCAUUCGUUGGACAUACACGUAUAUUAACCUUAACUGGUGAAGAAGUGGAAGAAACAGAUAUUCCUGGAUUUCUCAGUGAUCAACAGACCUUUCAAUGCGCUAACGUAGAUUUUGAACAGAUAAUACAAGUCACACCACAAACAAUUCGUUUGAUUAAAAGUACGACAAAAAGUUUAGUUGAUGAGUGGACAUUAUCUAAUAAUAGGCGAAUCGGUGUAACUGCUUGUAAUUCAUCUCAGAUUGUGAUUGCAUCAGCCCGCGAGAUCUAUUAUAUUGAAAUUACCGAUGGAGGUUUAGUCGAAAUAUGUCAUAAAUCGUUGGAUUAUGAAGUGGCUUGCCUUGACAUAACGCCAGUUGAAGAUGACAAAAAUAAAUCUAGUUUAGUUGCUGUUGGUUUGUGGACAGAUAUAUCUGCAGUUAUUUUAUCCCUACCAAAACUUGAUACGAUGUACACUGAAAAACUAGGAGGAGAAAUAAUUCCGCGUUCUAUAUUGAUGACAAAAUUUGAGAAUGUUAAUUACCUACUCUGUGCGCUUGGUGAUGGGUCUAUGUUUUACUUUAUUUUGGAUAAGAUAACAGGACAUUUAACCGAAAAGAAAAAAGUCACUCUUGGCACACAACCUACAUCAUUACGUACUUUUAAAUCGCUUGCUACUACCAAUGUUUUUGCUUGUUCUGAUCGUCCAACUGUUAUUUAUUCGUCUAAUCAUAAACUUGUGUUUUCGAAUGUAAAUCUUAAGGAAGUAAAUCAUAUGUGCUCACUUAAUGCGCAGGCAUAUCCUGAUAGCUUAGCUUUGGCUACUAAAAGCUCUAUAAUACUUGGUACAAUGGAUGAAAUACAAAAAUUGCAUAUACGUACAGUUCCGUUAGGUGAAGGACCUCGACGCAUAGCUUAUCAGGAAUCAUCACAAACUUUUGGUGUAGCCACUGUACGCAUUGAUAUGCAAGGACGUAAUGGUCCUAAAGCAGUUCGACCGAGUGCCUCAACACAUGCUCAGAAUAUAACUUAUGCUUCCAGUAUUGUACCAAAGCCUGGUGGUUCUAGUGCAUCGGGAGGUAGUACUGAUCUAAAUGACGAAGUUGAAAUAUAUAAUUUCCUCAUUAUUGAUCAGAAUACAUUUGAAGUAUUACAUGCACAUCAAUUUAUGCCUACUGAAACUAUUGUUACUCUAAUGUCUGGUCAACUAGGAGAUGAUCCUAAUACGUAUUAUGUUGUUUCCACUGCACUUGUAAAUCCUGAUGAUGCAGAACCAAAAGUCGGUCGUAUUAUAAUAUUUCAUUAUAAUGAAGGGAAACUAAAUCAAGUAGCAGAAACUAAAAUUGAUGGAUCGUGUCACGCUUUAGUCGAAUUUAAUGGAAAAGUAUUGGCUGGCAUAAACAGUUUCGUGAGAUUAUACGAGUGGACAAAUGAAAAGGAAUUACGUAUGGAGUGUAACAUACAAAAUAAUAUAUCAGUUUUAUAUUUGAAAGCUAAAGGCGAUUUUAUAUUGGUUGGAGACUUAAUGCGAUCUCUAACAUUAUUGCAACAUAAGCAAAUGGAGGGAAUAUUCGUUGAGAUUGCUAGAGAUUGCGAUCCUAAAUGGAUGAGAGCAGUAGAAAUAUUAGAUGAUGAUACUUUUCUAGGUUCUGAGACUCACGGCAAUUUAUUUGUGUGCCAAAAAGACAGUGCAGCUACAACAGACGAAGAACGGCAGUUGUUGCCUGAGGUAGCACGUUUUCAUUUGGGAGAUAUUGUAAAUGUUUUUCGUCAUGGAUCUUUAGUUAUGCAAAAUGUUGGCGAACGUACGACACCUACUACCGGUUGCGUACUUUAUGGCACUGUAAAUGGUGCUAUCGGUAUAGUAACACAAAUACCAGUCGACUUUUAUGAUUUUUUGCAUAGUUUGGAAGAGAGAUUAUGUUCUGUUAUCAAAUCUUUGGGUAGCAUUGAACACUCAUUUUUCAGAAGUUUUCAUACACAACUCAAAACUGAACCUAGUGAGGGCUUUAUUGAUGGAGUUUUAAUUGAGAGCUUUCUGGACUUGACUAGAGAACAAAUGAAAACCGCUGUAACUGGCUUGGAACUAACUGUUAAUGGCGAGAGAAAGCUUGCAGAAGUUGAAGAUGUCAUCAAAAUAGUUGAAGAUCUUACAAGAAUGCACUAAGAAAUAUAAUUUUAUAUAUUAUUAUUGCUAGUUUUUCAAAAUUAUUUAAAAUAAUUCAAUAUUACUGAUUUUAAUUACAUCCUUUAAACUUUGAUCAAAAAAUCGACUACACAAUUGCGUUAUUUUGUUUUAUACUUAA